CCAAUCACUAAACAUCAGACACCAGACAGACACACAAUAGUAUAGAAGAAUUUCAGGUUUUUUUUUCUAGGCUUUAAUGUUAAUAUUAUAAAAACAAAUAUAACAGCUGUGGUAAAAGAGAGACACACUCGCAAACACACACACACAACCAAAAGAAGCAGCAGCCUCAGCGUAACAUUGGCCAAGUGCAGUGUGUUUGUUGUUAAUGCCAAUCGAUGUUGUAGUGCUAAACACAGUGUGUGCAACGCCUCCCGCCCAUCCCCUCCUACCUGCCCGCCCAUAGCCCUGUUUCUGAAUCACAACAAUGGAAAGUGAGAAGAUUUUGAUGGCUGCCGGUGUUACGGUGGCCGCCGUUGUCGGCGCCUUCGUUUUUUGGGGCCCAUCAGGCUCUCGUUUACGUCAGCGCCGCGGCCAAAUUGCUGGAUUACACAAUUUUGGCCGCACCUGCUUCCUUAAUACACUACUUCAGGCUCUGGCUGCUUGUCCACAGUUUAUUGCCUGGCUGCAGUUGUACAAUGGUGCCACGCCUGAUCGCAAGAGCUUGAUCAGCUCCAUGCUGAGCACCCUGGAGGUGGUGAAUGGCACGCACGCCACACUGCGCGGUGAUCCCCAUUCACCAGGCGCAGUGCUGCGUGCCCUAAAUACACUUGGCUGGGUAAUACCGCAGGAGGAGCAUGAUGCUCAUGAGCUAUUCCAUGUGCUGCUCUCAUCACUGGAGGAGGAGGCCACACGGCCACAGCAGGUGGGCUGCUUGUCCGAUGCACUGCUGCCGGCCACAGCGAGCAAUCAAAUGAACACUGGUAACGACACUGGCGACGGCUUGGAUUUGGGCACAGGAGCUGCGACAGCCGCAGCUGCAGCCUAUCGCACUUGCAACAUGGCUGGCCAACGCAUUGGCGAUCAGCCCAAUCGACCAUCCAGUGCCAUGCUAACCGAUUUCCUCAAUAUGGAAUAUGAUGAAGCGACCAGCCUACAGCGUCUGGUCCGUUCCGAGGCUCACACACCGGAUUCACCAGCCUCGGUGUGUGAACGUGAAACUUCUGAGAUUAUGACACCAGCAGCGGCUGGUGCUGGCGGCGCCUCCACCUUUAUGCCAUUCGGCUAUGGCUUGGAUUUUGAGACGCAGGCGGAGCCAUUGAACGUUUCGCCAAUGUUGGGCAACGAGCGUCUCUCACGCCCUCGCCUACCUCAACAGCAGCAACAGCAGCACCAAGGCGAGGGCCUCAAUCGACGCGUCUCGAGCUCCUGCCGUUCGCUGGAGCGUCUGAAUCGCGGUCCUGGCCGUGUAUCCAUUUGGUCGAGCAUGAUGCCCAGCCAGGUGGCGCAUCCGUUUCAGGGCGCAAUGGGCGCCCAAAUCGUUUGCAAUGGCUGCGGCUCCAAGUCCGCUGUGCGCUAUGAUAAAUUCGAUAGCAUCACACUAAAUCUGCCCACACAGCGGCGCUCUGGCCUGAGCUUGGGCCACUUACUCAGCGAGUACAUCACCUCCGAGGAUUUGAGCGAUGUCAAAUGCGACUCAUGCAAUGAGACAACAAUGCACACCAAAUCUGUGACCUUUGCCAAGCUUCCAGCUUGCCUGUGCAUACACAUUGCGCGCACCGUUUGGCUGCCCACCGGGCAGGUGUGCAAGCGACAGGAUUACGUGCAUUUUCCCGAGAGCUUGUCCAUGGCGCCAUAUAGCUUUGUGCAGCCCCAUCUAAACAGUCAGGCGGGCACACCUUGGGGCUCGACCAUGUCGCUGUAUUCCUCUAGCCUGCCCAUGAACAAUGGCGGCGGUGCAGGCGGUGAAGGCUUCGGUGCCAUGUUCCCAAAGAAUCUGUAUCGGCUGCUCGCUGUGGUCGUACAUUCCGGCGAAGCGAACAGCGGACACUUUGUGACCUAUCGACGCGGUUCCUUACGCAAUGCACAUCGCUGGUUCUAUACAUCGGAUACGAUUGUACGCGAGGUAUCAAUUGAUGAGGUACUCAGUGUGCCGGCAUAUUUAUUGUUCUACGAUCGUGGCCAGCAGCGGCGCUGAGCACCGGUCCAUGAUCCGGUCACAAUCCUAAUCUCCGAGUCCCCCAAAGAACCAGCUCGUCGGCCUAGUCAUUUCUUCAUUAUAAAUAUCUUCUCAACGUUGUGAUGGAAAUUCAAGUUAUUAUACCCUAUAAUAAUCGAACGGUGGCCAUACCAGACAGCUCCAAAAACAAACAUAAAACAACAAAGUAAAACAAAAAACAACAAAACAAACAAAAAGAAGAAGAGAUUUAAAAUCCGUUUUAUGGAACUGCGAAAGGAAAUAAAGGUCUCAGCAAGCACCAAAAAAACACACACAUACACACACCUGGGCAGGUGUUUCUCCAUCAUACAUACACAUAUAUACAAUUUUGUUACAUUAUUGCAUUUAAAAAUUUUUAAAUUGAAUUUAAAAUUCACGCCAUGUGCUUUUUAGACGUCUGUAUUUAGCGAUAUAGAUCAAGAACAAAAAAUUAAUGCUAGGGGUAUUACCGCGAGCAAAAUUAUUAAGUGUAUAUCGUUUUUUUUUUUUAAGAAAUUUGUUCAAAUAAAUAUAUACAUAUAUAUAUAUAUUAUAUAUGUACUUCCCGCUCUUUAGGCGUCAAGCGAUUCGAAAAAAAUCGAUUGGCUUUUGCAUUUAUCGGUACAGUGUCUAUAUACACCCUUAGCCUACCACAAUAAUAGCGAUUUAUGUACAUGAUAGAUCAACCCAAUCGCCCAAACAAUAAUAAUCUAUGUUAAACGCCCUAUUAAUAAAGUUCGGAUAGAUAUUUACAAA